AUGGUUUCUGAACAACAAUCAUGGUUGCAAUUGUUGGAUAAUCCAACUUUAACUGUUUUACCACAUGACUAUUUACGUCCUCAAAAUGAACCAUUUUCUGUACAAAAUGACUAUUCUUUUCAAAUUCCUCAAUUAGAUUUACCACAAACCGUUUUCAAAGAUAAAUAUAUCUCAGCAUUGAGUACUUGGGCUACUUUAGUUUACAGACUAUCUGGUGAUGAUGAUAUUGUCCUUUACAUAACCAACAAUAAAGUAUUAAGAUUUACUAUUCUACCCAAUUGGACUUUCCAAGAAUUAUAUAAUGAAAUUAAAUCACAAAUAGAUAAACUGUCUGAAUUAAGUGAUGUUUCAUUUGAUUCGCUUUCAGAAACUAUUCAAUCUCAAAAAGAUUUAGAUAAAUGUCCACAAUUGUUCCGUUUGGCUUUCUUGCAUGAUGAAGGUAUUAAAUUAACUCGUUUUAACCAUCAUCUGUUAGAUUUGGCAAUAAAUUUAACUACAGAUAACAAUUCUUCUUCUAUUUUAACCAUAUCAUAUAAUCAAUUAUUAUAUUCCACUGAAAGAAUCCAAAUAUUGGCAGAUCAAUUUACUCAGUUUUUGACUGCUGUUUUAAGCAACCCAGUUGAAGUCAUUACUAAAAUUAAUUUAAUAACUGAAUCAUCAAAAGAUGCUUUACCUGAUCCAACUGCUAAUUUAGGUUGGUGCGACUUUGUUGGCUGUAUCCAAGAUAUUUUCCAAGAUAACGCUGACAAAUUUCCUGACAGAAGAUGUGUUGUUGAAACUGGUUCUAUUUCUUCAAAUAUUGAGCCACGUAUAUUUACUUAUAGAGACAUAAAUCGUGCUUCAAAUAUUGUGGCUCAUUAUUUAAUUAAUACUGGUAUUAAAAAAGGUGAUGUUGUUAUGAUUUACUCCUCUAGAGGGGUGGAUUUGAUGGUCUGUGUUAUGGGUGUCUUAAAGGCAGGUGCUACUUUUUCGGUUAUUGAUCCUGCUUAUCCUCCGACUAGACAAACAAUUUAUUUAGGCGUUGCUAAACCAAAGGGUUUGAUUGUUAUUAGAGCUGCAGGUCAGUUGGAUCCAUUAGUUGAGGAUUAUAUACAAAAGGAAUUAGAUGUUAUUACUCGUAUUCCAUCUGUUGCUAUUCAAAAUGAUGCUUCCCUUGAAGGUUGUUUACCAACAGAAGAUGACGUCUUGGCACCUUAUGAGCAUUUAAAAGAUACAAGAACUGGGGUAGUUGUGGGCCCCGAUUCUAACCCAACUUUAUCUUUUACUUCCGGUUCAGAAGGUAUUCCAAAGGGUGUCCUGGGUAGACAUUUUUCUUUAGCAUAUUAUUUUAACUGGAUGUCUAAACAAUUUAAUCUUUCAUCUGAAGAUAAAUUCACUAUGUUAAGUGGUAUAGCUCAUGAUCCAAUUCAAAGAGAUAUGUUUACACCAUUAUUCUUAGGUGCUCAAUUAUAUGUUCCAACUGAGGAUGAUAUUGGCACGCCAGGUAAACUAGCUGAAUGGAUGAGUGUUCAUGGCUGUACUGUAACACACUUGACUCCUGCUAUGGGUCAACUUUUAACUGCUCAAGCUACUACACCUUUCCCAAAGCUACAUCACGCCUUUUUUGUAGGAGAUAUCUUAACUAAACGUGAUUGUUUACGUUUACAAACUUUAGCAGAAAAUUGUCGUAUUGUUAAUAUGUAUGGUACUACUGAAACACAACGUGCAGUAUCCUUCUUUGAAGUUAAAUCAAAGAGCGAUGAUCCAGAAUUCUUAAAAAGAUUAAAAGAUGUCAUGCCAGCUGGUAGAGGUAUGUUUAACGUUCAGUUGUUAGUUGUUAAUAGAAAUGAUCGCACUCAAAUAUGUGGCGUUGGUGAAGUAGGUGAGAUCUACGUUCGUGCUGGUGGUUUAGCUGAAGGUUACAGAGGGUUACCUGAUUUGAAUAAAGAGAAAUUCAUCAAUAAUUGGUUUGUAGAUGAACAUCACUGGGAUUAUUUAGAUAAAGAUAAUAAUGAACCAUGGAGGGAAUUCUGGAAGGGUCCAAGAGACAGAAUGUAUAGAACUGGUGAUUUAGGUCGUUAUUUACCAAAUGGUAAUUGUGAAUGUUGUGGUAGAGCUGAUGAUCAAGUUAAGAUUAGAGGUUUUAGAAUUGAAUUAGGUGAAAUUGAUACUCACAUCUCUCAGCAUCCUUUAGUUAGAGAAAAUAUUACAUUGGUUCGUAAUAAUUCAGACAAUGAAAAGACUUUGAUUACUUUUAUGGUCCCAAGAUUUGAUAAACCAGAGGAGCUAGCUAAAUUUCAAACAUCAGUUCCUGAAGAAUUAAAGUCUGAUCAAACUGUUAAGGGUUUAGUUGGUUAUCAUUUGCUUGCUAAAGAUAUUAAAUUGUUCCUAAAGAAACGAUUAGCUAGUUAUGCAAUUCCAUCUCUAAUUGUUGUUUGGGAUAAAUUACCUUUAAAUCCAAAUGGUAAAGUAGAUAAACCAAAGUUGCAAUUCCCAACUAACAAGCAGUUAGAUUUGGUGGCAGCUAAUGUUUCCUCUAAAAUCGAUGAGUCCGAGUUUAAUGAUAUUGAACGUGCAGUUCGUGACAUAUGGCUGAGUGUAUUACCAACAAAACCAGCCACUGUUUCUGUUGAUGAUUCUUUCUUUGAUCUAGGUGGUCAUUCUAUUUUGGCUACUAAAAUGAUUUUUACUGUAAAGAAGCAAUUAAAAAUUGAUUUACCAUUAGGAACUAUCUUUAAAUAUCCUACAAUCAAAGCAUUUGCCGGUGAAAUUGCUAAGAUUAGAGAGACUGGUAAGGUUGAAGUUGCAAAGGAAACUACCCUAACAUAUGAUUAUGCUGCUGAUGCCAAGAAGUUAGUUGAAACUUUACCAGUGUCUUAUCCAUCUCGUGAAGACUUUGUACCAGCCGUAACUCAACACAUUAACGUUUUUGUUACUGGUACAACUGGUUUCCUUGGUUCUUACAUUGUUGCCAAUUUACUGAACCGUUCUAAUGUUUCAGUAUCCUUUAAAGUUUAUGCUCAUGUUCGUGCUGCAGAUGAGAAAGCUGCUUUAGAAAGAUUAAUUAAGGCAGGAACUACUUAUGGUACUUGGAAGGACAGUUUCUCAAAAAGUAUUGAAAUUGUUUUAGGUGAUUUAUCAAAGUCUCAAUUUGGUCUAUCUAAUGAAAAAUGGGCUAAUUUAACUAAUGCUAUUGAUGUAAUUAUUCAUAAUGGUGCGUUAGUUCAUUGGGUUUAUCCAUACUUAAAAAUGAGAGAUGCAAAUGUUAUUUCUACAAUCAAUGUUAUGAAUUUGGCUGCUGAAGGUAAAGCAAAGUUCUUUAAUUUUGUUUCCUCUACCUCAACUUUAGAUACUGAUUACUUCUUUAAGCUAUCUGAUAAAUUAGUUGGUGAAGGUAAAGCAGGCAUUUUGGAAUCUGAUGAUUUACAAGGUUCUUCUACCGGUUUAGGUGGGGGUUAUGGUCAAUCAAAAUGGGCAGCAGAAUAUGUUAUCAGACAUGCUGGUAAAAGAGGUCUUAGAGGUUGUAUUAUUAGACCAGGUUAUGUUACAGGUAACUCUAAGAACGGUUCCUGUAAUACAGAUGAUUUCUUGUUAAGAUGUUUAAAGAGUGCUGUGCAAUUAGGUAAAAUCCCUGAUAUUAACAAUACAGUUAAUAUGGUUCCAGUUGAUCACGUAGCUCAAGUUGUUGUUUCUGCUUCUUUGAAUCCACCAAAGAAAGAUGAAUUAGCUGUUGCUCAUGUUACUGCUCAUCCACGUAUCCUAUUCAAGGACUAUUUGUUCAUCUUAGAACAAUACGGUUAUGAUGUUGAGAUUGAAGAUUACGAUUCUUGGAGGAAAUCUCUAGAGACUGCUAUUAUCGAUGAAAAUAAGGACAAUGCAUUAUAUCCAUUGUUACACAUGGUCUUAGAUGAUUUGCCAGGCAACACUAGAGCCCCAGAAUUGGAUGAUUCAAAUGCAGUGGAAUCCUUAAAGAAAGAUUCUAAAUGGACAGGGAUUGACAAAUCUGCAGGUGCUGGUGCUACUCUUGAACAAAUCGGUAUAUAUAUCGCCUUCUUGGUUAAGGUUGGAUAUCUUCCACCUCCAAUAGGUCCAGCAGAAUUACGUUUACCAGAAAUAUCAAUCUCUCAAGAACAAAUCGACUUAGUUUCAUCUGGUGCAGGUGCUCGUUCAAGCUCUGCUUCAUCCUAA